UUGCUCAGCCUGCCUCUCGAGCUCGUCCUGAGAAUAUUCUUCUACCUCCCGCUUGCCUCGCAGCCUUGCUUUGCGCUAACCUGCAAGCCUCUCUACAACUGUUUCACGUACGUGCUGAAGGAUGAGGCGCUCUGCUUUCCGCGACUGCUGAAGAAUCUCAAUCCCUUGAUCUCCCUGAACCAGAAACAUGUGGUCCGGAACCAGUUCCUCCUUCUGCUUGAGAAUCGUUGCUGGAGAUAUUGCGCAGCCUGCCUCAAACUACACCCUCAAAAAGAAUUCCCGCGGCGG